GGUGGGGAGAAGAGAAUGGAAGGCAGGAGGGAAAAAGAACACAGGGCUUGUCUUCACUCCUGACGUCACCCCUGCCUUUUAAAAAAAAAGACUGAGACAAAAGGCCAUCAAUGCUUUUCAUGUAUGGAUCAGCUGGGACUAGCCUGCAACCUCAUCCCUUCCUACCACUGAUUCUGCACCGCAGCGAACGCCAACUGUCUCCAAUCAAUGCAUUUAACACCGCUACCCAGGGAUGAGGUGCCUCUUAUAUUGGAUUCUAACAGCAGUCUCCGUCUGUCAGGUCAUUUUACAAAACACGACCACAAUGCCUCCAACCCCUGCUGUCACAGAAGAGUAUGUUCGGGUUCAGUACUGUAAGUGGCCAUGUGACUGCCCCCCCGUCCCCCCUGUGUGUCCCCCAGGGGUCAGUCUGGUCACAGAUGGCUGUGACUGCUGCAAAACAUGCACCAAGCAACGUGGAGAGAACUGCACGGAGGCAGACACAUGUGACCCACACAAAGGACUAUAUUGUGACUACAGCAGGGACAUUCCUAGGUACGAAGUAGGUGUCUGCGGACAGAUGACAGGAGUAGGUUGUGUUCUCAAUGGAGUACGCUAUAGAAAUGGCCAGAGCUUCCAACCAAACUGCAAGUACAACUGUACGUGUCUGGAUGGCGCCGUGGGUUGCACCCCACUGUGCGUAAACUCCCGUCCACCUCUCGUCUGGUGCCAGAACCCCAAGCGGGUUAAGAUGGCAGGAAAGUGUUGCGAGCAAUGGGUUUGUGACGACUCCAAGAGGUUCCGAAAAGCAUCUCCCCGCCAUAUUGCUUCUCCUGUUUAUCGUGAAGAGACUGAAACCUGGCAAAACAACUGCAUCACCCAGACAACUCCUUGGAGCCCCUGUUCUAAGACGUGCGGAAUGGGGAUAUCCACGCGCAUCUCCAACGAUAAUGACAAGUGUAAACUUCACACCGAGAGCCGCCUAUGCAACCUGAGACCCUGCGAGGUGGACAUCACACAGCACUUCCGGCGAGGCAAAAAAUGCUUAGCGGUUUACCGUGAACCGCAACCAAAGAACUUCACAAUCUCAGGCUGCGUGAGCAGAAGAGCCUACAGACCCAAAUACUGCGGGGUGUGCACUGACGACCGAUGCUGCAACCCCUACAAAUCCAAAACCAUCCAAGUCCACUACGACUGCCCCGACGGCACCAGCGUGUCCUGGAACGUCAUGUGGAUCAAUGCUUGCUUCUGUAACCUCGGCUGCAAAAAGAUCAAUGACAUUUUUUCAGAGCUGGUGAGCUACCACGACUACACCGAAAUAGGGAACUGAUCAUUCAGGAAACAAAACCAAAAGAAGAAAUGUUUCAUUAGUAGAAACAAUCAGGGGAAGAGACGUACUAUGCUGUUAUUGGUGCUUUCACGUGCAUUGUCUCAGGGCCAUGUCAUUUAAUAACCAGCUGCCUAAAUUAUUAUUUGGAAGUUCUAUAUCAUUUUUACAGCACUUCUGUAUGAAGAUGUUACAAUGUAUAAAGUGUCAAAUAAUAUAUUCUUGCUUUUUUUAAGGUGAG